AUGGAUUCCCGGGAACCCAACAUGCUGCUCUCGCAGCCGAUUACGCUGCCAUGCGGUCUGCGGCUUCCAAACCGACUCGCAAAGGCUGCAAUGGCCGAGAGCAUGGCGCCUUCUCACGACCCAAACGAGGCCUUCCCAAAGGUCUAUGGAAACUGGGCAGAUGGAGGUUGGGGGAUGGUGAUGACAGGAAACGUGAUAGUUUCAGAGCUGUACCACGGCUCGGCGGCAGACGUAGAGACAUCGUUCCAGGGCCAGACUCCCGAGCAAAAGGCCCGAUGGAAGAACUGGGCCGCGGUGUGCCAGAGAUCUGGGAGUCCUGCGAUCGUUCAGCUCAACCAUCCCGGGCGUCAGUCGCCCCUCGGCGCCGGAAGACAUGGGCUCUUCACGAAAGCUGUGGCGCCCUCUCCGAAGAAGUUGAGCAUGGGAGACUCCUGGCUUGCCCGCGCUCUUGUCUCUCUGAUCUUUGGAACUCCUCGGGAGCUGACUCUGGAGGAAAUUGCUGGCCAGGAAGGGAUUAUCGAGCAGUUUGUUACUGGAGCGAGGCAAUGCUUCGACGCUGGCUUCAAAGGUGUGGAGCUCCACGCCAGCCACGGAUACCUGCUGGCCCAGUUCAUGUCGUCCGACACCAACUACCGGAGCGACGCGUUCGGCGGCACGGCAGCAACGCGCGUGGAGAUUGUCCUCCGCAUCGUGCGCGGCAUCCGCCGAGCCACCAGCCCGGAGUUCUGCAUCGGCAUCAAGCUCAACAGCGUCGACGCCUCGUCCUCGGAAUCCCUCGACGACGUCAUGGAGCAGGUCCAACUGAUCGAGGCAGCCGGCGUGGACUUCCUCGAGAUCUCGGGCGGGACGUAUGAGCGACCGCUGAUGAUGCAGGACCCCAACGCGCGCGCCGCGGUCGUGAAUGACGCCCCCGGCACGACCGCCGCCGCCACCCCCAAGCCGAGCACGCUCCUGCGCGAGAGCUUCUUCCUGCACUUCGCUCAGGAGAUCCGCCGCCGCUUCCCCCGGAUCGUGCUGAUGGUGACCGGCGGGUUCCGCACGAGGCUCGGCAUGCAGGCUGCGCUCGAGUCCGGGGCGUGUGAUCUGAUCGGCUUGGGGAGACCGGCGACUGUGCUGCCGAAGCUGCCGCGUGAGAUCCUCCUGAACGCGGAGAUCCCCGACGACGAGGCUCGGGUCAGUGUGGCGACCCCGCCGGUCCCGGGCUGGGUGAGCUGGAUCCCGAUCAAGGCUGUGGGCACCGGCGUCCAGACUGGCUAUUUCGCUGGGCAGAUUAAGCGGAUUGUUCCUGUCAAGUUACGCGGGACUCCCCGCUUUAAAUCCAAGGGGCAAGGACCUCUCGGCCAAUGGUUGGACUUCCUUCCCACCAACAAACUGCCCCUUCCUGCCCCUUCCUGCCUGAAGAUGGCGCCGCCGCACUGGAUGAUGACACGGGGGUUCGUGACGCAAUCGCGCAGUUCAAAGGCCGAAUGCAUUGGGGGCAGUCUUGGCAUCUUGACGUCCAAACCCAAAGACCCAAAGACCCAAAAACCCAAAUCCCCCAUUACCCAAUCACCCAAAUCGACAACACAUCUCUCGCAGUCCCUCAUCACCAACAUCAAUAUGGAGAACGCAGCCAACGCCGUCAGCAGCCUGUUCAAGGCCGCUUCCAGCACCAAUCCUGAGGAGAACCAGGCCAGCACCGCAUCCUCCACCAAUACCAACACCAGCAACACUACCACCGGCCGCGAUGUAGACACCACGCUCGACGCCGAGGUCGCACCCGCCGUCGAGCACACCCACGUCAAGAAGACGCACGAGACCCGCGAGCAGACCAAUGUCGAGAAGGAGAAGCACCAGGACCACUACCACACCACCGUCCAGCCCCUGACCGACAACGAGGUCCUGCCCGAGAAGCACGACUACACGCAGACGUCCAAGGAGCGCGAGAUCAACCGCGACGACGGGUCCGCCAAGGCCAAGGCGGAAGCGGACCGCGCCGGCUUCGCGAGCACGGCCGACCAGAAGAACUUUGAGAGCAAGACGGUCGAGCCGACGACGGUGGGGGAGAAUGUUCACCACCACCUGCACGAGACGAUCCAGCCCGUCAUUGAGAAGGAGGUCAUUGACCCGAGCGUGACCCACAAGCGCGUCGACAUCCACGAGAAGAUCCAGGAGCCAUCUAAGCACCACGGCGUGACGACCAACUCGACGCUCUCGCGCGAGGAGUUCGAGAAGAAGAUUGCCACCGCAAAGAAUUAG